AUGAUCCAGGGCAUCUUCUACGCGCGGUUUUUCCCUCAGGAAGGAACCAAGAUCGUUGCCCAGUCGCCCCCAGGGUGCAUCGUGCCAGAGGGGGCGGGUCCUCAGAGGAAGCCCUGUCUGUUCGACUUUGAUGUGAUGCAGGAGUACAUCAUCCCGCGCAAGGCCUUCUUCAACCGCUUCGUCGCGGUCAAUGAGCCUGAGGGCAAGUACACAGUGCUAGGUCUGCCUGUGGCCAUUGCCCAUCCCAAAUACCAGCGUAAUGAGUUUAUCUUCAACUUUGGCCUUGUGGUUGAGAGCGAUGUGGACCAGAUCCCCUAUGAGAGGGUUGUGCGGCGGCUUGCAGUCACGUUCGCCGAGAUGGAGAAGCAGAACGAGUAUUUAAGCCGCGACCAGAGCGGGAGCAACGACGCGGGGAGACGGCCGAUUGGGAGCCUCUUGGAGAUCAUCAAGGAAGAUCUGAAUAACUACGGCGAGUGUAUGAUCCCAGUGGACGACGCCAACACCAUCAACAUGAAACUGUUCCCACACCACCGGCCCCCGCCAGAGGUCAAGGGCUGGCACGUCCCAGUGGCCAAGAUGAAGUUCAGCGAGGUUGUCGACCCAACCUGGGACCUGACGCUGCAGAAAGUGAUCACGCACAUUGAUGGCGUGAGCGACGUCCGCCGCAUUUCCUUCAACGCCGACGUGAGCCUGGAGCUCACCAAAAUCGCCCUUCGCCACCUUGUGUACUACGAUACCAUCCUGCUGCUGGACAUUUUCUUCUUCAGCUCCUGUUACGCGCCGAGGCCGGGCAUUCACGACUUCGUGACGGACGUGAGCGCCAACGACGGGUACUACACCACCACUGCGGACUCUACCACCGUGGGCGGCCCCGGCGGCGCGGACGGCCCCGCGGCGGCGGGUGGGCCCGGGAUCGGCGGCGCGGCAGGCGGGGGCAUCGUGGACGAGUGUGCCAACUAUGUCUGCAUCAUGUCCUCAGGCCAGCGCGUCUCCGACUACCAGCUCAUCAAGCUCAUGACAACGUUCUGUGUCGGCCGGACGGUGGGCGAGUGGCUGCGGCUGCACAUGGACGCCGGGUUCGACGUCCUGCGCCACGUCGACGUGCGGCGGCUGGUCCAGUUUGGGGUCAUCAAGGGCUUGCUAUACAGGGUGCACAAGUAUGUGGUCUCUAAGCAGUAUCUUGCGGCCCUUGCCACAGGACAGAGUCGGCCUCUGGCGGCGCGGGAUGGGCGGGCCGCCGGGGAUCCGUUGCAGAGAUACAUGGACGGGUGCCACAAUUUUGAUCAGGUCAUCACGGAGCAGAACCUGACGGAUGGGGAGAUAAUGGAGAGGCUAAAGAGCUUUCCCGGCCCGACGGGGGAUCUGACCGUCUUGUACCGCUGA